AUGCGUGUUCAAGUGCAAAUACCAGGCACCGUGGAGUCAUACUGCGUGGACGAGCGAAACAACAAGCUGGAGGCGACGGAGGAACACUGGCUCGAAACAUAUCUUUGCAGCGUCUUGAGAGCGUACAGCUAUGCGGACAACGGCAGCGGCGACUCUAUCAAACGAAUAAUUGGUGUGAGACGCUUCAAUCCAAUCAUGAGCACGGAGCAGGAACACAAGUUCUUGGAGGCUGCAGAAAGACUGUUCUUCAGUGGCUGGCAGCUUGGCUCGGAUCCUGAAAUCCAGGUGCCGAAUCUGGUGUCAAAUCACCUUACAUCUGGUCUGCUAAAGUACAUCACGACAACUGGCAGGUACGCAUCUGGCAUCAAUCUGUUCGAAAAGUUGCGGACUCGAGAUGCGGAGAUCUCAUCGCUACUGGCGCGGGUCUACGUGGCUGCCGAUGAGGAAGUCAAAGCAGUACGACUACUGCACGAGGCUGUGGAGGAGCUUCCAAUGGACUACUCGAUCCUCGACUGUCAAGCAGAUUUCUGCAGUCGAAAGGGCAGAGGCGACCUGGCUCUCGAGAUUGCGAAGCGAGGUGUAGUCUCUGCACCGAGCGAAUUUGGCACCUGGGCACGGCUGGCUGAAAUAUACGUGGCAAUGGAGCAAUGGGAUCUCGCGCUGCUCACGCUCAACUCAUGCCCCAUGUUCACUUACCAAGACAAGGAUGCGCCUCGGUUACCAGAGCCUACUCGUGUUUCGUUGCCUCUGGCGCCGGAGACAAUAUGUGAUGAGAUUGACGACGCAGGAGCAGCGCCCGAUCAUGAGGCAGUUCACCCGACGCUUAGAAGGCUAUCGGCUGCGAACUACAAGGGCACCUUCUACAAGGCAUACAUGCUCUUGACCGAGAUCACGAAGAAGAUUGGGUGGGAUCAGCUACUGAAGAUUCGAAGUCAGGUCUUCGUAAUGGAAGAAGAGUACCGGAACGAGAAGCAAGCGGUUGGUACCAACAGCAGGAACGCAAGCACCGUGGCACUGCGAGGGACUGAUACUCCGCAACCCAAUGGCGAAGCCAAGGAGGUCGAAGAAGAAGAGGGCGAUGAAUCCGACCACCCUUCCAGCUCUCAGCCGAACGGUGAACCAACAGCAGCUGCAUCCCACCUUGACCCGGACGUUUCCAAGCCUUCGCAUUCCAUCACCGUACGCAACGCCACCGACACGCCGCAACCACAACAACCUCCACCGCCCGAUCCUUCACACCUGCAGUAUACUCAAUUCCAGCACAAGCGUCUAUGCGAACGAUGGCUCGACAAUCUCUUCAUGGUCCUAUACGAAGAUCUGCGGAUAUACACUAUCUGGCGAACAGAGUCCACGCAGUACCGACAACAACAACUGGUCUAUAAGAAGACCGCUGAGGAGUGGGAAAUUCUCGGCGAUCUGGCUGAAAGACUGCACCAUCGCGAUGAAGCAGUGGAGGCCUGGCAGUCCUGUCUCAGUAUGCGGUUCAGUCCGAAAGCGAUGAGGGGGCUUCUGGGCAUGUACGAGCGACAGGCAGAGGCGAGAGGGACUGUCGCCGCGUUAAUACGGCUUGUGGCGUGGCAGUUCCGGUGGUACUCUGAGUUCUCACCUGAUCUCCUUCAAGCCAUCCGAAGGCUGAUCGAGGAGGAAGGCGCGGUCAAGGUUCGGAGUAUCAUACAAGCCACGCCACUGCCGCAGCAUAUUCUGGAUUUGACGCAUCAGUACGCCGCCCUUUGCGCAGCGUUCAGGAGUACUGGUAGCGAGGGUUGA